AGUCUUUACUCAGUCGCGCUCCGUCGCUUGCUCCUGUAAGUUGUAGAGAUAACACAAGCGGAAAAAACUUCCGCCUUCUUCUGAAGUUCUUGCGUGCGUGGGUGCUGUGUUGUUGUUCUUGUUGUUAUUUAUACCACUAUCAGACGUAAAAAUAUUAGAUAAAAACAAAAAUAAUGCAAGAAACAUAUUUGUAUGAUCCAAAAGUGCUGCUGCAGCUCGAUUUUCAUCGCAGCCCAGCAAAGUUCCAGCCAUUCAUCUCGGCUGCCAAUCCUGGUGAACCAUGGAUGAAGGUCCGUCCUUUGAAGGAUACGGAUUACGAUCGCGGAUUUCUGCAGCUGCUUUCCCAGCUCACACAUGUGGGCAACGUAACACGCACACAGUUUUUGACGCGCUUUUCACAGAUGAAAGCUAGCGGGGAUUAUUAUGUCACGGUUAUUGAAGACACACGCAAGGGUGAAAUCAUUGGCGCUGCCUCCCUAAUCAUUGAGCGCAAGUUCAUACACAAUUGUGCAGUGCGUGGACGCUUGGAGGAUGUUGUGGUCAAUGACACCUAUCGUGGCAAGCAGUUGGGAAAACUCAUUGUUGUAACCGUGUCGCUGCUAGCCGAGCAAUUGGGCUGCUAUAAAAUGUCCCUGGAUUGCAAGGACAAGCUCAUCAAGUUCUAUGAAACACUCGGCUAUGUUUUGAUACCCGGCAACUCAAAUUCAAUGACAAUUCGCUAUGACGAAGAGGCGCCAACGAAACGCAAUGUUACCUCAGCCUCUGCCGCAGGUGUUGUCAGCGAUGCUUGCCAAACUGUGAGCCUUGAUUUUUCCUCUUGACAAUUAGCCGCCAACGCUUCUCCAAAAUCCAAGCUUUAAGUAAAUUCCACAAUUUACUUAAAGCGACAGCUGCGCAAGGCGCAAUGUCAAAAACUCAAAAAUCGAAAUGAACUCGCUCGGUUACAAAAAGAUGUUCAUUUCAUUUGCUGCAUUUACUAAAAUCACUUUUGCACAAAAUUGCAUUGCACUUGGCGCAUGGAUUUUUGGACAGCGCUGGCAGGCGGUGGUGUCCUUUAUGGUUGGUAUCCUAACAACUCCAUCCAUAAGGACAUACAAUUAGUUAGAUGGCUAAGGCAACCGCAAUAUGGUUGUAUUCUAUUUUUGAAUCUUACAGAACUCUCAAUUUUAUAAUUUUUUCUCUCCUUUCUGCUACUGAAUAUGCGAUAAAGGUUGUUGUUAUAAUGCCCUUCAAGAGUACGUUCAUCAAGUAGCUUUUAACAAUCUACAGAUAUAUGUAUAUGUGUACGUUUUGCAUGUAAAUAAAUAUAUACAGUAAUUUUUAAAACAACAA